AUGCGCUUCGGAAUCGUCGCCGCCGUUUUCAAGCUGAGCUUGAGUUCCCUUCCUGCCGCCACCGCCGCAAUUAUCUCCCAGAUUAGCGCUUUUGACUGCCACCUCCCCGGCAUUUUCGAGCUUCCUAAAACCCAUCCCAUCAGCGCUGCUGAGUUUCAAGCUCUCUGUGUCUCACUCUCGGGGAUGUCGCUUCGGCCUUCUUCUCGAGAGUCUCGCUUGAAAUCCUCAAACGCUCUCCCCGGCCCCAAGAAGAACGUCCGUUUCGUCCAAGAUCCCACAGACCCGAAGAUGGAUUUGUGCGAGUACCGGGAGUUCGCGGUUCGCAGACUCCAACCCACGCCCAAGUCUGGAUGCUCGCCGCAUAUCCGUGGACUCAGCUACGUGACCAAGGCAUCGGGCGGCAGGAUGUUCUUGAAGAAGGAGCUCGGCAACUUCCUCCCUUCUCAGCCUGCUGGCAUGCACCGAGCUCGAUGCAAAGGUCUCAUUGAAAGCGGUGUUUGCACCAGGUGUGACCGUUCUCCGUUCGCCUUGAACCCUUCCUAUCACGACCCUCACCCCGGCGCUCCCAUUGUCGACGGCCAGCCAUACUUCACUUGA